GGGCCAGCUUCCGCCAUGAAGCCUGAAAUGAAAUACUACGUCAGUUUUGUCGUCUGCUCCUUAACGCACGUGUCGAGCUAUGGCCAUACUCGUCAGUUGAGAAUAUUUGAAAUUGUGUUUGCUGUUCCUUUAUAUAGAGAAGUUAGUUGGAUGAAAGUAAAGCCUCUUAAGCUUUCUAACUUAGAAGAGUGUGGCAAUCGAUUGCCCUCCGAGAAGAAUAAGAGAAAAAUGUCAGGUGGAGUCGCCAAAAAUAAUAGGCCAGCUUCCUACUACAUGGAUCGGGCUCUUAUUCCUAGGGUCCAACGCUAUUUAAAAGAAAAUAGUCACAGAACAUAUAUUGAUAUAGAAGAAAUGGCAGAUUUGUUGCAGAGACAGUAUCCUGAUUAUGGGAGGAAGAAGAAACUUGCUUUUCGUAACUCGGUCAAACAAGCAUAUGAAGACAUAAGAGCAACAUUGGAUAUAAAAGAAGACAGUAGUGAUUCAGAUCCUUACGAAACUGCCAGAAUUGCUGACACACCUGAUACCAGAGAAACUGCCAAUGAGUCUCUACGAAGUAUGUACUCCAGUAAUCGCACAGCAGAUGAUUCCAAGUUAGAAGAUAUAAUGGUAAUUGAUGUACUUGGUGACACUGAAAAAGCACCACCACAAAGCACACCAAUGAAAAAGAAAAUCGUCAAAAGGAAAAAGGUUGAAUCUGAUAUUCCAAAUGGAACCAAGAAAAAGUCCAAAACAGUAGAAUUCAACUCCAUAAUAUCUACCACCAAAUUCUCUGAAGUUGGAGGCAAUGAAAAAUCCCUCAAGGAAGUCCGAAAGCUUAUUCUUCACAUGAAACAUCCAGAAGUCUACCAACAUCUAGGAAUGUCUCCACCAAGAGGUUUUCUUCUUCAUGGUCCACCUGGCUGUGGAAAAACUCUGCUUGCUCAUGCCAUCGCGGGUGAGCUAGAAAUACCUUUUUUCAAAGUUGCCGCUCCAGAGCUGGUUUCUGGCGUCUCUGGUGAGUCUGAAGAGCAAAUUAGGUUGCUGUUCGAUCAAGCUACAUCAGCCGCACCAUGUAUAGUAUUCAUCGACGAGAUUGACGCCAUCACGCCCAAAAGAGAAACAGCUCAAAGAGAGAUGGAGCGAAGGAUUGUUGCCCAGCUUCUCACAUGCAUGGAUGAUCUCAGCAGUCGAAAUAACAAUAUUCCGGUGUUAGUAAUCGGUGCGACAAACCGACCCGACUCUCUUGAUCCUGCCUUACGAAGAGCCGGUCGAUUUGACCGGGAAAUCUCACUUGGCAUCCCAGAUUUAGCGGCUAGAGAAAAGAUCCUGAAAGUUGUCUGCAAGAAUCUCAGCUUAUCCGCCGAUGUGGACUGGAAAUUCUUGGCUUUAAACACCCCGGGUUACGUUGGAGCCGACAUGCUUGCGUUGGCUUCCGAGGCUGGAAUGGUAGCAGUUAAUAGAGCGUUUGGUCGAAUGGAAUCCCUUUAUUUGGCUACUAUUCAACCCAGUGAAACACCAGAACAGGAAGCAGUAACAACAGAAGAGAAAUCAUGGAUUUGGCUUUGUCAACAGCCAGAAUUUGGCACUGAGCAGCUCCAAGGCAUAGCGAUCACGCUCGACGAUUUUAACGCUGCCCUCAAAUGUGUCCAGCCUUCUGCACAGCGCGAAGGGUUUGCUACCGUUCCCGAUGUUACCUGGGACAAUGUGGGAGCGCUGUCGCACGUCCGACAAGAGCUUCAUUUGGCUAUUCUAGCCCCCAUUCGCUACGAAGCACAUUAUGAAGCUUUGGGUCUUUCUAGCCCUUCAGGAGUUUUGCUCUGUGGCCCUCCCGGUUGCGGUAAAACUCUGUUGGCGAAAGCCAUCGCCAACGAAGCUGGUAUCAACUUUAUUUCCGUCAAAGGACCUGAAUUACUUAAUAUGUACGUUGGAGAAUCGGAAAGAGCCGUCCGGCAGUGUUUCCAGCGAGCCCGCAGUUCUGUACCAUGCGUAAUUUUCUUUGAUGAGUUGGAUGCACUCUGUCCACGACGUUCUGAACAAGGCCAUGAGGGUGGAGCCAGUCGCGUUGUCAAUCAGCUGCUGACCGAGAUGGAUGGUAUUGAGUCACGUCGAGGGGUUUUCCUAAUGGCUGCCACCAACCGGCCUGAUAUUAUCGAUCCGGCAGUCCUUCGACCCGGAAGGCUGGACAAAAUUCUUCACGUUGGUUUCCCGACAGCGGAGGAUCGGGUGGACAUCCUCAGAGCCCUAACUAAGAACGGUACCAAGCCAACUCUAGCUGCCGAUGCUAACUUGAUUGACAUUGGUUUGGACCCAAGAUUAGAUGGUUAUACAGGAGCUGACCUUUCCUCAUUGGUCAAGGAAUCGGCCACACAAGCGUUACAGGAAUUUGUUUUUGGUCAAAGUGACGCUGGAGGUCACGAUAUGGAGAUGGGCGAUGUAUGCGUGCACCUACGUCACUUUCAGGCAGCCAUCACUAAAAUUCGUCCUUCGGUCAACGAAAAGGACCGUAAACAUUACAUGGGCAUGUCCCAACGGCUUUGAUUGUGCAAAGGUUCAGGGUCGAAUACGCUUGAAAAUAAUUGCAUAUUCUAGUUUCUAAUUUUCCAUUCUGACUUGCCCUUACAAAUAACCAUGUUUUUCCUUUAUUUGACAUACAAAUUGUUUCUAAUUGUAA